AGGUUCGGAUCGCUGCCGUCGAGGCCCUCUGCAUGUUGGCCCAGUCCUCGCCUUCCUUUGCGGAGAAGUGCCUUGACUUCCUCGUCGACAUGUUCAACGACGAGAUCGAAGAAGUGAGGCUGCAGUCGAUUCACACCAUGAGGAAGAUCUCCAACAACAUCACUCUUCGGGAGGACCAGCUGGACACGGUGCUGGGUGUCCUGGAGGAUUCUUCUCGAGAUAUCCGGGAAGCUCUUCACGAGCUGCUCUGUUGUACCAACGUGUCAACAAAAGAAGGCAUCCACCUUGCCCUGGUUGAGCUCCUGAAAAACCUCACCAAGUACCCUACAGACAGGGACUCCAUCUGGAA